AUGGCACGCGCAGCUGUCCUCCCACCAUCCCCUGUCAAGCGGGGGACCCGCACGGUACCUCGAUCGACGGUGACCAAGACCACUGCAAGCUCCAAAGCCAAGGUUGUGGCAGAGUCGACGAAGAGAGGCGUCACAAAAUCGACUACCGCCAGGAAAAACACGGCGCCGAUUGUCGAAAUGGACUCAGACGAUACCGAGGACGAGCUUGGGAUGAUGAUGAAGGAGCAUGACGAGAAGCCUGUGCGACCCCGUGGACGGCCGGCUGCCCGCGUCGAAACCAAAUCCUCAACAGCCCGCGCCAAGAAGGCGACGCUGGCGCCAACUCCCCAAAACGCAAUCGCCGAUAGCGAUGAAGUCGAAGAUGGGGUUGCCAAGACAGAGCCAGUGAAGAAACGCGUUGGUCGACCGAGGAAGAAUACAUUAUCAGAGACGGCCACAGCUUCAAAACCCGAGACAGCUCCCAAGCCUCGAGGGCGACCAAAGGGAGCCACCGCGUCGAAGACAACGGCUACCACUCGGAAAACCACUCGAAAGGUAGCUGACCCUGAGCCAGUCCCUGAAAACGCUAUUGCCAAGCAUAUCCGUAUUGCCACCAACUCUAUGAAUAUACGAUCGAAUAUCCUGCGCGGUCCUGCCAAGAAGAAAACCGUGACUUUCCAAGAGCCGUCUGACUCAGAAUCUGAAGAGCAGGAAGAAGAACUGACUGCUCCUGUCACUGGGCGUAGGAAGGCUCCUACAAAGGGUGUUGGCAAGGCUGGCCUGGGAGCGACGCCAAUGCGCAAUGCUGCGGCCACAGCCGGCCGUGGACGAAAGCCCGCAGCAGCCAACAAGGACGUUGUCAAGCCACUGUCGCCCAAGAAGGACAAGCAGGUGGCCAAAUCACUAGCAGCAUAUGCUAGCUCCGAUGGCGAAGAAGAUGAAUUGAGCGCAGCUAAGGACGAUUUCAAGAGCCCCGUGAAGUUGGUCAUUCAUUCGCCAGUGAAACAUGGUCUGGAAAACACUGGGCUCAGCUCUCCUGUCCGCAAGAUCAACUUCACCCCCAAGAAAGCGUCCAGCCUAAUCGAUGAGAACGGCGAACCGAAACCACUCACCCCUAAACACGGAUCAUCAGCUACUGGCCUGAGCUCCCCCGUGAGGAAAAUCAACUUCACGCCCAACCGCAGCUGCAACACUGUUGUCGACAAUGGUCACUUGGCAUUGCCGCCUGGCAAGUCGGUGGACUUCAGCGGCUCGGUUUUAAUAUCAAGCCCCGCCAGACGACCCGAGCCAUCCCCAUUCCACUUUUCCCUUAGGGAUACACCCAACCGUGGUCUUUUCUUCCGAGAAGAUGCCAAGUCGGCUUCCGUGCCGAACCUCGGCCAAGGUCCAUCUUCGCCGCUUAAGAUGUCGCCCAAGAAAGCCCAUCUGGGUGCUUCAUUCUCUCAGUCACCAGCGAAGUCUUCGACCCCGUUCUCUGCCAAGACCUCUUUUAUCCAAAGUCCAGCGAAGAGAAUUGCAUCUCCUUUCAAAAGCUCGUUUCUCUCCUCCAGAGAUCCGGUGGCCUCUACGUCAGGCGGCGAAAACACCACGAUAAUGCCCCAUCUCUCUGAUACCAAGCCACGCAUGUCUCCCGCCAUGAGCUUCGAGAAUGACGAAAUGACCGUUGAUAAAGAUAUCGAGAUGGUCGAGGAAGUGGCUCGUGAUAUCUUCGGUAUUGAACUGCAGUGUUAUGCUAGGAGUUCCUCUACAUUGCCUUCGCCUCAAGAGACCCCUGCAACCGAAGAGCUCUUGGAACUUGAACCAGAUGAAGAUGUCUUUAACGAAACGGCGACUUGUGAGCGUAAUUGGGACGAUGCUGCUAUCGACGAGCAAAUCCAAGAGCUGCAAGAAGAAAUCCGCGACGAGCCCGAAGAUUUUGGGACAAUUUGCUUCAAUACUAUGGAAGAACUCCAGGAGCCUUUCCAAACCCUCCCAGAACAAGUGGAACACGAUCUGAUUUUGGACGAUGUUGAAGCCGUGGAAGAAACGGAUGUGGAUGAGGAAGAGACUCCCGAACCAUAUACCACAUCGGGAGUCUUCGAGAACCCUGAGGAUCAAGUCAACUUUACAGAGUUGGAACGCAUGGAUCCCGUGCAUGACGAUUCCGAAAAGUGCUCUCCUUCGCCAUCGGAACCCACUCUUGGUCUAGCUGAUCUCGAGGAAGUGCUGUCACCUACACCUGCACCCAAGGUUGCCGAAUCUGAACACCAUGGAUACGAGGAUACCGGUUUCGCUCAUCAUUCAGACGAAGAGGAGGCUGAGAGCGAAGGAGAUGAGGGGGAAGAUAACGGACCUGCUCUCGUACCAUACGGAACCUUCAAUAUUUCAUAUCAACUGGGAUCGCCCCAUGAGCUCAACCAGGCUGAAGAAAUUGACAGUCCCCAGCCGUCAAUUCAACACAUUCCCCCAUUGGCUCCUACCCCUCCCGCUCGUGAAUUGACCUUCGUAUCCUCACAUGAACAGGACGGCGCCAAAUCGAAGGAUUGGUUGUUCGACAUUAAUGUCGACCCACGCGUGGCUGCUGAGGAAGAUAGCUUUUUGGAAACUACCCAGUCUGAGAUUCCUUCACCCAGCAGCCAUGCCAUCUGCGAUACCCCAAGCUUCUCUGGAAAGCGAAAGUCCCUUGUCAAUGUCGAUCUUGGCUUUACGCCUUUGGCCCGGAAGUUUGACAGUUGGGAGACCAAUACACCCUCUCAAGCUAGGCCGGCCAAACCACGUCGACGUGGCAUUUUUUCGCUUGUUGGCCCCUUGGAGAAGGCCGUGGAAAGCUCGACACCGACACAGGACAAUGUCUCUUACCCUGACCUUUCCCGCACUCCACUCGCAAACACACCGCCGCUGUUUGAAGAAUUGCCUCUUCAGGCGAACAGCGAUGGCGCUUGCAUGACCCCUCUGUCUUCUCAUACCCCAGAAUCCGCGGUAGUCGAGGAAGAGCACUCCAUGACAUACUCGCCAAUUCGCACCGACAUCUUUGAAGACCCUGAACUCUCAGACCCAGAGGAACUUGGUUCUGAGCAAGUGCAACCCCAUGAGGUUGUGUCGGCUCCUGAAUCGAGUGAAGAACAUGAUCAAGGCCCAGAUCUACCGUCUGGCGAUGAUGAUAAAGAAAACUGCGACUCUCCUUUCAUUUUACCUGCCACUCCCAUUCAGAGGAGAAUUGAUCACCUCCGGACUGUCCACACUGUGUCUAAGGUACCACUGAAAGGCGAGGGCGAAGUUUCUCCUCUGAAGCUUCCUCGCAAGCGAGGUUUGUCACUUGAAAGCAGGUCUCAAACCCGCUCAUCCCCCCGUAUGCGCAAGCCUGUCUUCCUGUUUGCGAAUGAGAGUGUCCCCACUUUUUCUCCGCACAAGGCCCCGCGACCUUCGAGGAGCCCUAGCCCGAACCCGAAGCGUCGUUGCAGUACCCCCAGACGUUCCACUGGGAAACUCCCCGACAUUCAAGUACCUCGGUCACCGGCUCUAGCUUCGAGCCCUGGGAAGACUCCUCGCCGAAGGAGCGGUGCCGACCAGCAGGCGCUUCGUGGUGCUGUCGUGCAUGUGGAUGUUCAUACUACUGAAGGUGAAGAUGCUUCAGGAAUUUUUGUUGAGCUCUUGCAGCAAAUGGGCGCUCGUUGUGUCAAAACAUGGUCAUGGAACCCUCAGUCGAGCAUGUCUCCUAUAAAUGGCGUGGAUCCCAAAGAAUCAAAGGUGGGAAUAACCCACGUCGUGUACAAGGAUGGCGGUCUCCGUACUUUGGAAAAGGUCAAACAUGCAGGCGGCUUAGUGAAACUGGUCGGUGUUGGUUGGGUCCUUGACUGCGAGAGGGAUAACAAGUGGCUUGACGAGUCACCUUAUAUAGUUGACAGCUCCAUCAUUCCUCGCGGUGGCGCUAAGCGCCGGAAGAGCAUGGAGCCCCGCGCCUUGAGCAAUGUUAAUGGCACUCUCGUGCCCAUUGCUGAGCACUCCACUCCCUCCGCCAGCGGACGCCGCUGCGGUGCUGAUUGGGGGGCCAUGGAGGGAUUCCGAAAGAUCACCCCUCCGACUUACCAGGCGGAAGCGCCAUCAACCCCUACUCAGCAGACUGAUCGUUAUCACGUUCCUGCAACUCCGGGCUACAACUUUGCCAACCUCGAUGCCAUUGGCAUGUCACCCGCUACUCCUUACUUCCACUCCCACCGCGCCCAGUUGGUCCAGAAGUCCUGCCCACCUAAGCAGAGCAAUCGCGGCCUAUUUGAGGGGUCAGACAAGCCUAUAUUCAAUUUUGAAGAAGACGAUGAAGUAGAGUAUAGACGUCAACAGCGGGCUCGUAUGGAAGCUGCGCGACGCAAGAGUCAUUUCUAUAAACCGUCUGUCCAAAGUCCGCUUGGAAGGUGA